GAAAAGCGUCAAGAAAGCCGGUGCGAAGGGAAAGCGCAAGGCGGACGACAUGGAGGUCGACCAGCAGGAGCGUGCCCCUGCGGCGAAGAAGCCCAGGAACAAGCAGCGAGUGCUCAUGCUCUCCUCGCGAGGAAUCAACCAUCGCAUGAGGCACCUCAUGAACGACCUGGAGGUCCUGCUCCCACACGUGAAGAAGGAUUCGAAACUGGACUCCAAAAACCACCUCAACCUCCUGCCUGAGCUGGCAGACCUCAACAACUGCAACAAUACACUGUACUUCGAGGCACGUCGCCACGAGGAUCUCUACAUGUGGGCAGCCAAAACGCCGAAUGGUCCAAGUAUCAAGAUGCACGUGCAGAAUAUCCACACCAUGGACGAGCUCAAAAUGACUGGAAAUUGCCUCAAGGGCAGCCGUGGCGUGUUGAGCUUCUCGAAGGAGUUCGAUGAGAGCGAGUGGGGGAAGCUCACCAAGGAGGUCUUCACGCAUAUCUUCGGCGUGCCCCCACAAGCGCGGAAGGCCAAGCCUUUCGUCGAUCACAUCCUCACCUUUUCCAUACUCGACAACAAGAUCUGGUUCCGGAACUUCCAGAUCGUUGAGAAGGACCCCCUGCAACCCAACGGGCCCCCUCAAACAUCGCUUGUUGAGAUUGGGCCGCGUUUUGUGCUCACUCCCAUCCGCAUUUUCGAGGGUGCGUUCAACGGCGCAACGGUAUACUCUAACCCUGAAUUCGUCACCCCCACUGCGGUGCGGUCUGCCGCUAAGCGCGAGAAGGGCGAGAAGUACGGCCACAGGAAAGACGCGCAGGCGGAGCGCGGUGUGCGCAAGGACCAGCGGAAACUGGACGAGGACGAGCUGGCGACGUCAAAGGUGUUCGCGUAGUAUACCGCAGCUGUCAUGACCCGCUUCUUGCUAUAGGAGUUCCCCGCUCGGUGUGUG